AUGGCUGCUCUCUCCGCCUGGUUCUGGAGCGAGCGGUUCUGGCUUCCACACAACGUCACCUGGGCGGACCUGGCGGACCCGGCGCCCGGGCUGGAGUACCCCAAAGCCGGGCAUUUGCUCGCCGCCUUGCCGCUGGCCCUGGUGAUCUUCUCCGUCCGGAUCUUCUUCGAGAGAUUUAUCGCCAGCUUCUGUGCACAGAGUCUCCACCUUCAACCAGGAGUUGGAAGAAGAGCUCAGCCCAAUGCAGUGCUGGAGAAAGUUUAUACAUCCAUCACAAAGAGUCCGGACUCCAGACAUCUGGACGGCCUCUCCAAACAGCUGGACUGGGAUGUGCGAAAGAUCCAGCGUUGGUUCAGACACCGCAGGAACCAAGACAAGCCCAGCACGCACACUAAGUUCUGCGAGAGCAUGUGGAGGUUAACAUUCUAUCUGUGCAUAUUUAUCUAUGGCUUCCGGUUUUUGUUGCAGUCCCCUUGGAUGUGGGAUACACGACAUUGCUGGUACGGUUAUCCCUAUCAGGUCCUGACCCCGGGUCUUUACCACUACUAUGUGAUCGAAUUGGCCUUCUACUGUUCACUCAUGUUCUCGCAGUUCUCCGACAUAAAAAGGAAGGACUUCGUGAUCAUGUUCAUCCAUCACCUGGCGACAGUCGGCCUGAUCAGCUUUUCCUACGUCAACAACAUGGUGCGAGUCGGGAGCCUGGUGAUGUGCGUCCACGAUUCCUCUGACUUCCUGCUGGAGGCAGCCAAGCUGGCCAACUACGCCAAAUACCAGCGCCUGUGUGACUUCCUCUUCAUUGUGUUCAGUGUGGCUUUCUUCCUCACACGACUCAUUAUAUAUCCAAUAUGGGUCCUUAACUCCACUAUGUUUGAGAGCUGGGACAUAGUCGGGCCGUUCCCGUCCUGGUGGGUCUUCAACAUCUUACUGCUCGUGCUACAGGUGCUGCACAUCAUCUGGUCCUACCUCAUAUCCCGGAUAGCUGUGAAAGCCAUGCUGCGCGGAAAGGUGUGUAACGACGUCCGCAGUGACAUUGAGAGCAGCUCAGAGGAAGACACGCCCACAGAGGGCCUCAAGACUCCUGCUCACUCUCCCAAGGGAGAGAACGGAGAGAACGGCACCAACGGCCACUGUGCUGCCUCCAAAGCUCAGGCACAGCACCGAAACAGCUGGUGACAUGGAGCCCGGACCCUGGCGCCCCCUGCAGUUUAUACCCUCACGCAGCUCCCAAGCGCUUAGUCUGUCUCGUGACUGUCAGUCGUGCAAGCUUCACUCUCACAUGAGACACAAGCAGUGUUCAACCAACACAUGACACCGACAGUGAGUGUGCGCUGAUGAACUGGACAGACGCUGUAACGUCGUCUUUGAACAGCACAACUCAAGAGGUGAGACGAUAUGGAAAUCAGUUGGAGCAAGUGAUUUGGACGUUGAACCACGGGAUUUGUUUUGCGCCGUGUUUGGCUGCAGAUGUUCGUCGGUGUCGAGGUUCUCUCCCAGUUUUAAUGGUCAGGUGAACUGGAUUACUUUUGUUUCUGAGGGUUAAUUUACAGUGGAACACAUAGGACAGAAAACUCCUGCUGGGGUUGGCUUUGUCCUUUCAAGGAUUUUGCACUUCUCUUCCCAGAUAUAACAAGUCACAGCGGUUGUUAUACAUGGAAUAUCUGCUUUAUGUGACCAAAAGUGCAACACACUUGAAACUUCAAACUGUGGCCGUCUCUGCCCUUUGAAGGUUUUUAUGCUUUUACCCUUUAACCACAAUGUUUGGCCACUUUGUGACUCGUUGUUUUGUUCUGUUUUACAGUUUUUUUAACUUCUGUUGAGACCAAAUGUUUAUGAAAUUGUUUGAUUGUUGUUUUACUACCGAUAGAAGAUUCCAGGUAAGAGGACCAAAGUGUCUGUUCUCACCGAGUGCCUUGUAAAAAUGUUAUUCCAAAUAUAUUCUGUUGUUGAAAGACACCUUUCUUCGAAUCGCAGUUCUUUCUAGAAACACUGUUACACU